UGGCACUCCCGCAGCCAACUCUGGGAGGGUUUCCUGGACAGAGGUCGUCGUGGCAGUUGCCUUAAGACGUGCAGCCCAGGCCACAGCCGCCAGUGCUCUCUGACCCAGGUCCACUGCAGGCGGCGGCAGCAGCAGCCCCAGCCGGUGCAGCAGCAUGGAGCUUUGGGGGCCCUACUUGCUCCUCUGCCUCUUCUCCCUCCUGACCCAGGUCACUGCUGAGACACCUACCUCCAAGGUCAAGAAGGCUGCAAAUGUUAAGAAAGAUGCCGUGAGCCCGAAGAUGCUUGAGGAGCUCAAGACCCAGCUGGACAGCCUGGCCCAGGAGGUGGCCCUGCUGAAAGAGCAGCAGGCCCUGCAGACGGUCUGCCUGAAGGGUACCAAGGUGCACAUGAAGUGCUUUCUGGCCUUCGUCCAGGCGAAGACCUUCCACGAGGCGAGCGAGGACUGCAUCUCGCGAGGGGGCACCCUGGGCACCCCGCAUACGGGCUCCGAGAACGACGCCCUGUACGAGUACCUGAGCCAGAGUGUGGGCAGCGAGGCCGAGGUCUGGCUGGGCUUCAACGACAUGGCGGACGAAGGCGCCUGGGUGGACAUGACUGGCGGCCAUAUCACCUACAAGAACUGGGAGACAGAGAUCACCGCACAGCCUGACGGCGGCAAGGUCGAGAACUGCGCUGCCCUGUCCGGUGCGGCCAACGGCAAGUGGUUCGACAAGCGCUGCCGGGACAACUUGCCCUACGUCUGCCAGUUCGCCAUCGUCUAGCGGGCCGAGAGGGGCGGGGGAGGGGGCAGAGUCCGGGGGCGGGGCCAGGGGAGGGUGGGAUCUUGAGCCCCGGAAGAGGGGCCGUGGGACCUUCCCGCCCCGCAUCCCCGCCCCCGCGCGCUGGGGGCCUCCUCUUGCAAAUAAAGUGGAUGCAGCUUG